AUGCUCACAACAAAUUGGCAAGCCGAUGUAGUAAUCUAUGAAAUAUUUAUUUUUACGCCAAUUUACGCGAUAGUUUUAUGGUCAAUAUGGUUCAUGAGACCCAGAAAAUCCGCGUUCAAAACUCAUUAUUAUACUUUAGUCCUUUCCCAGGCAGAUUUCUGUACAGUUAUAAUUUUCAUAACCCAAAUGUUACCUAGAUAUUUUAAUAUUGGAAACUCUCUAAUUUGGUGGCUAGAUGGUUAUGGUGCAUCGUGUUUCUAUGUGAAUUUGGGGCCACAGAUGUUCAUUUUAAGGUCAAUCGGUCUUUUUUUAAUUACUGUACAAAGAUAUGCAACUUUGUGUCGCCAUCAUGGAUGAUUGAAUCAUAUCCUCUCUGUCACCCCAGCUUACACUCUUAUCCUUUGUCACUGGCUCAUUUCCAUAGCUCUUCACAUGCCAGCUGUAUUGAUCUGUCACGCGCACUUUGAAAAUGCGCAGUCGUUUUUCGUCAUAACAUCAGAAGAACACAAGAAGACAAGUGCUACCAUCGUCAUUUGCACAUUUACAUUAUGUGGACUUUCGGUCGCCGGCAUGUAUUGUUGCAUUAUUCGGAAAUUGUGCUCGGUCAAGCGAACAUCGUCUGUAACAAGUUUUUCAGCUUGGCAAUCCCGUCAAAACCGAUACCAGGAAGCCCGGCUUUGUAUCCACGUGCUCUUCUUGGCUAUAAUUUCCGCCGCCACAUUUGCCUACUAUGUUUUUCAAGCAAUCUAUUCGGAUCAGUUAGAUGUAGGCGACGUCAGUUUACCUGAUUCUGACUCCAAAUCUGUGAAUCUGCAGCAAGAAGAUCUUCGUGCUCUUCGUGUCUGGUAUCCGUUGGUUUCUGGAAAUAUGAGCUUUAUCAACCCGUUGAUGUUGUUGUUAUUGAAUCGAGAUAUCCAGAAUUGUUUCAAGAACUUUUGCAGGGGCAAAACUAUCGAUCAUCGAACGAGUAGUGUGUUGGCUAUGAACAGAACGACAUAA